CAAUCCGAAACGGAAAGAGUUCCUAGACGACCUGUUUGGAUACAUGCAGAAGCGAGGCACGCCCAUCAACCGGCUGCCCAUCAUGGCCAAGUCGGUGCUGGACCUGUACGAGCUGUACAACCUGGUGAUAGCGCGCGGCGGGCUCGUCGACGUCAUCAACAAGAAGCUGUGGCAGGAGAUCAUCAAGGGACUGCACCUGCCGUCCUCCAUCACCUCGGCCGCCUUCACGCUCCGCACUCAGUACAUGAAGUACCUGUACCCGUACGAGUGCGAGAAGCGGCGGCUCAGUACUCCGGCGGAGCUGCAGGCGGCCAUCGAUGGCAACCGGCGCGAGGGCCGGCGCACCAGCUACGGCUCCUACACGGACAUGAUCCAGCGAGGGUCGCUGCCCGGGAUGCCGCCGGCGCACCACUCGCAGAUGUCCCCGCUGAGCCUGGUGACGGGUGGCCGAGCGGCGGUCAACGGCAACUCCCACCACCAUCAUCACCACCCGCACCACCCGCAGCACCAUCCGCACCAUCCGCACCACCCGCACCACCCGUCGCCGCACCACCCGUCCCACCCGCAGCCGCUCAGCCAGCCCCUCGGCACAGGUCCCAUCCCGGGACUCGUGGCGUCGGAGCUGGAGAGCCGGAUGGCCGAGUACGUGAAGAUGAUCCACAAGGAGUUCCGCGGCUCCGCGGCGACGCCUCCCGGCAUCCGGCAGGGCUCCAACUCCCCCCCCACGUCCACCUCGCCCCAGGAGUCGGCGCUGAGCGUCGUGGAGAUGUCGCGGCUCACGCUGUGGAACCUGUACGGCAACGGGGCGGCCCCCCCCGCCGCGCUGCCCCCGCCCCCGGAGCCCCAGAGGGAGGCGCUGGACCUGGGGGUCCGGGAGCAGCAGUCCCGGGCCGCCCCGCGGGACUCCGCGGUCAAGCGGGAGAGGGAGGAGCCCCGCACCGCGCCCCCGGCCAAGAGGGCGCUGGCCGACGAGGAUGAAGGGUUGAAGCCGGUCACUGGCACCCACAUCAAAAUAGCAAGUAGAGGCGAUGCUCGCAGCGGUUCUGACAACUCGUUAGUGGUCAGCAUGGAGCUGAACGGGACCAUGUACCAGGGUGUUCUGUUCGCGCAGACGACACGGACUCACAUGACGUGAUCGCGUGUCGCAGACAGCCGCCCGCGCCGUCACAAGACUGUUCGGCCAGUGUCUUGAGAGUGUGUGGGGCAUAUGUACGACGGGAUAAACUUUCCCUGCUGAAGGAUGGCGGAUAUGUUGAAGGUAUCUGCUGCAGCGGCUUGUCAAGUUUGUUGUAUUUAUGCAAAGGCUUUGUUUUUUUUAUAAAGGUUUUAAUUUGUAAAAAAA